AUGCUAAUGAUAGCUGUAGAUUCUGUCAAUUAUGAUGAUGUUGCAUUCUUUAGUGGGCAGGGUACCAUAGCACUGGAGCUGCUGGAGCAAAUACCCCACCUUGACACUGUAAUAGUUCCAAUAAGCGGUGGUGGUUUGAUCUCGGGGGUGGCAUUGGCUGCCGAGGUCAUCAACCCUGCCAUUCUGUUCAAUCUGUCUAAACGGCCAGAGUUUGCAAAGUUGCCUGGUCUCCUCAUUUGUUCUUGUUCUAAUGCCUGUGUGUCAGUGUAUUCAUCAACACUAUUUUACUCUUGCAGGCCUGUAGUGUGGGAUCUAGUGGAUGACAUCAUCGUAGUCGAGGAUAAAGAGAUCAUAGAAGCUAUGAGAUUGUGCUAUGAGAUUCUAAAGGUGGCAGUGGAGCCUAGUGGGGCCAUUGGCCUUGCUGCUGUUCUGUCUGAGGGUUUCCGGGAGAAUCCUGCUUGGAAGGACUGCAAGGACAUCGGAAUUAUACUUUCAGGAGGUAAUGUUGAUCUCAAUUUAUCCCUUCUUCAACGGCGCGAACUUGCAUUGCGGACUCGAACUCAUUCGCUCACACCAGUAUUUAUCUAUAUUGGGGAGGAGUAUGAUGAAAGUACAUAUGAGGUUCGAAGCAUCGAUUACACCACAAAGACCAUAUUAGCUCGUGAUCGGAGGUUCACCAGAGACUGGCACAGCGACAAUGACAAAUGCAAUGCCCUCUUCAACAAUUAUACUAUGCCACCCAUUUUCCGUUAUCUUUCAGCUCAAGUCUUAACCGCAAACCUUACACUAAGAGUAUGCAAGCAUCAUCCAGAAGUAAAUGAUGAUGAUUCUCAUCAUGUUGGUGUCCUCCCCCGCAAGGAAGUCUGCAAAGUUGAGGUGAUACACUGA